AUGCAAAACUUAGAGUAGUCUAAAAGAAAGGAAUAAAAUUCGAACGAAAAACAAACAGAACAAGUAAAAAGUGCUAAAUAAUUAAAAAAGACUUACCCAUAAGAAUCAAUAAAAAAGCCAAAGACGAAUCAGUUUGAUAAGAAUAAUAAGAUUGAUGAGUCUCAUUGGUUUCGUUAGUAUUAUUCUUUAAUGUGUGUUGGCCUAAAUGGAAUCAAUUUUAGUUAAUUUGCUGACUUAGAAAAGUGCCACAAAAAAUUGAAUUUAAAAGAGCUAGAACUUGAUUGAUCAUUUAUUCAUAUACAAAAAUUUAUCUUAUCA